UCAUAGAUGAUGAUUUGUUAAACAGCUCUUGUGUCAUCAAAAUUCAGAUCUGUAGUUGGAUGUUGAAGCUGUCAAGAACCAAUUCUCAUUGUUUUCCGAACACAACAGCUCCUAUAAAAGCUAAGUGGUGCAUUUUGAAUCUCUCUGUUCAGAUACCAUAUCUCUGAACUUCUUUCUGUAGAAGAAAAGACCAUUGCUUCCAGAAAUAAUUUGAAGAGAAGAUCUGGAGAAGAAAGAUGCUUAGCCACUCAUCAAGUAUAAAAAAAUGGAACAAAUGAACCCUCAUAAAUGAACUUAUUAUCAAAUUUCUUAAACGGGCCAAGAAACAAAGCAGAAGACCAUUAGCCCAACCAAGCAGUGUUGGAGACAAAACAAAAGCCCACUACUAAUCCUUGCCCCCGCCGGUAAUUAGCGGACCCAAUGGAGCCUUAAUUAGUCAACGCAUGCGGCUUAAUUAGUUACCGAUCACAGGCCGGUCAACGAUCACGUUUCGGAUUACGGACUGAACUCGGGCAGCACCAUGCAGGAUCAUCAAUACGCACUCCCCCUCUCUGUCUGAAUCUCUGCUCGCCCUCGAUCCACAGCAUUGGCCAUCACGCCAGAACCUCCAGCAAGAAAGAAACCGACGCAGCAAUGGAGACGGCGGGAUUGCUCGGCCUGUCGCCGGGCUUCAAGUUCAGCCCGGACGACGACGAGCUGGUGGAGCAUUUCCUGCUGCCGCGGAUCCUAGGCCAGCAGCUCCCGCUGGAAGGCGUCGUCCUCGAGGACGAUCCGUUGCGCGGGCCGCCAUGGAAGCUCCUGAGCGAGAACGGGCGCAAGGAGGACGAGGCCUUCUUCUUCGCGGCCGGGCAGGCGAUCCACGGCGGCGACCUCAAGAGCAGCGGGCGGCAGAAGCGGAGCUGCGUCUUCGGCGGGUUCUGGGAGGGGCAGAGGUUCUGGGAAGGCAGCAAGCAGCUCCUGCCCAGCGGCGGCGGCGCCAUGGCCAUGGAGGUCCUCCGGUGGAGGAAGAACUUGCUCAACUUCCACGAGGCAGGGGGGACGGGGAGCACGGGGUGGGUGAUGCACGAGUACGCGGUGACGUCCCCCGCCGCGCUGGCCUCGUCGCCGAUGAGGGCGUACCGCAUCAAGUUCAGCGGGCACGGCAAGAAGCGCAAGAGAGGGGAUUCUUGCGGCGGCGCCGGAGACGAAGAAGACGAAGACGACCGUGGGCUGGCGGCCUGGCAACGGCCCAUUUCUGGCUCUGUUUUCCCGGACCAAGAUUCUUCUUCCCUGCUGCAGGCGGCGAGCAGCGACGACGAUCAGCCGCCGCCGCCGCUGGAUUCUUUCCAAGGCCUCGGAUCGUCGUCGUACGACGCAGCUGGGCGGCCGAUGAUCGCGGCGGCGUCGGAUCAAGACGGCGCCCCAGCAGAGAACGUCGUCAACUUCGAAGCGUUCUGGAAUUUCGAGCUCGCAGAUCUAGAGAACGUCAGCUUGGACGGGUUCUUGAAUUUCGACCAGCAACACACUGUGCUAGAUUGAGGCCUGAUCUAAUGCAACUGUCACGGAUUGUAAUUACGGACAGAGUGUAUACUUAGUCGAUUGUUAACUGUCUGAAUUCCUAAAUUCUGUAUGGUAAGAGAUGUUGAUUUUGUGCGAAGAUGAAAGUGUAUUUGAACAUUUGUUUCGGGAUUUGUUUGGUGUUAUCUGAUUA